GAAAAGAGAAAAAAAAAAAAAAAACGCAACUUGGGAAGGGAAGUAUCGUCCUGUGAGGCCUCCUUCUAACUCUCUCUCUCGACUGAGCUCAUUCCGGUGCUUCCUCCACUCAAUUCACACCAAUACACACAGACACAGAAGAGAGUAGAUUUGCUAGGGUUUUAGGAGGAGAUGACAGCAAUUGUUCCACCUCCAUGGAUCCCUGAAGAUGACCUCUUGUUGAAGAACGCUGUCGAGGCAGGUGCUUCCUUGGAAGCACUUGCUAAAGGGGCAGUGCAAUUUUCUCGUAGAUUCACCUUUCAAGAACUGCAAGAUAGAUGGCAUUCUUUGCUCUAUGAUCCGGAUAUUGCAGCUCAGGCUUCUGCUCUCAUGGGUGAGCUUGAAGGUGGUUCUUCCAAUCUAUCAUCAAAGUUCAAUAGAUCAGACAAAUCUAAAGAAAGUAAAAUGGUUCAUGAAAAGAGAAAAGUUGGAAGUAUCCGUAAACAAUACUAUGCCAUGCGAAAGAGAAUUCGAAGUGAAUUUUGUAGCUCUGCUGAUCUAGAAUUUCUUACUGGAAAUGGAGGUGAGUUUCACGAGCAGGUAACACUUGCUGAUGUGCCUCCAGUUGGUAACUCUAUGCUCGGAGAUUGUAUGCCAAACCAUUUUGGGCUGCAAGAAACAGAUUUUGAUAUCCUACAUCAUGCUUUCCCACAGACAAUGACGGAUAUAACUGCCACCAAUGCUGUUGCUAAUGUUGGUGAUGCGUUUCAGUCUGAAGGCCCAGACUCACUUGCAGAUAAUCAGAUAAGCACAAUUAGAAGGAACAGUUGCUCUUUUGGAUUUCCUGAUGAUGUUUCUUCCUUGUCAGUCCGAGAUUCACUAAGAUAUGAUGAAACGAAACCUUUUCAGCAGAGUAAUGAAUGCAAAGAUAUUUCUCAUGGUCUUGAAGAUAAUGCAGUAGACUUUGGGAAAUGUUCAGGUGUUGAUGAAAUGGAUACAUCUCAACCACUUUCGGGUAGAAAAUUAUUUGUAGCGGAUCAUUCAGAGACAAGGCCCUUGUCUACCUUUGAUUCAACUAAUAAUAACCUCCAAAAUGUUUGCUCUGAAUUUGAAGGAAGACAGCACUUCAGUUCCCCCAAUUCAGAUGGUAGUGCUUCAUUUCAUACAAUGGGAUUUUCACCUCCACUGCCUAGCAUGCCUCUUUGGAAGACAAUGGAGGAUAUCUCAGCACCUGCUAUGCCAGUGAAUGUGAGCCCUGAUGUUAAAAGGCAGGGUGCAGAAGAUGUGUCAGAACUUCCUGAUAAUGAUGAUUGUAAAAGAAAAAGUUCAUCAGGCAAUGAUGUUAUCCAUUCAGGGCCAAUGUUGACAGACAAACAAAAUGGUGAUGGCUUUAUUAAUUCAAAUGCUAUGUCAGAUGGCGAGUUUGCAGAUCUCCCAGAUUCACUUUUGGACUUCUCGAAUGAGGAUGGGAUUCUCUUCAUGGAUGUAGACGGGAAAGAGACACUGGAUAAGCCUUGCUAUGAUAAUACACCUAUGUUGAGUUCUACCAAGAACGUUGACGAGGGUGAUGCUCCCAAAGUUGAACCUAAGACAAUGAUUGUUUCAAAUACUGGCCUUGCUACUGCUGGUGGUUCAUGUGCAGGGGAGUCAGAAGUUAUCACUUCCCAUGUACACACUGUUUGUGGUGAUCAGCAAAGUGUUUCUCAUUCAGGAGUCAAAAUGCCAUCUACAUCAGCAUUAUAUAGCAAGUUUAUUGAACGUACUGAUGGGAACUUGCACUGCACAUUGAACACUGAAGACCCAGAAAUCCCAUGCAAUGAUGAUAUUUUCUUGCUUAUCCAUCCAACUGCAUCAUUUUCUUCUUCUGCUAUAGCACCAAUCACUAUACAUGCUAUUGACCAUGUAUCCUAUGCUAGCGAGAAGGAUAGUGGACAAGGACUAAAAUUGAUGAAGAAAGGAGAAGAUCCUGCACAAUGUUUUAAGCCAUCAAUGAUGGUAGGACCAUACAUGUUGCCGGAAAGUGGUCCAGAUCAUGCAAUUGUUGGGUGCGCUGUCAAAUCUGAGUUGCCUGAUACUAGCUGUAUGUCUCUGCCUUCCAGACACAAAGCCAUUGGAGAGCCAACUCAAUGCAGAUCAGCACACGCAACUCCAAACUCUGCUGUGGAUGAAAAACUGGAGAAUGAUGUUACAAAAAUCGAAUUGGGGGUGGUAGACACCCCAGGUACAUUUAGGGAAUUUCCAUUACAUGCAGAAGCAGGUUCUGUUGAAAUAACUCUUCGAGAAUCGAUGGUAAAUCCCUCAACAUCAGAUCAGGAAGAACCUGACAGCGACAAUGAUGUCCCUUGUUUUUCUGAUAUUGAAGCUAUGAUACUUGAAAUGGACCUAGGUUCAUAUGAUCAGGAUUUAUAUUUUAGUAGGCGAGUCUCACAGUAUCAAAAUGAAGAUUCUAAGAGGAAAAUCAUAAGGUUGGAACAGUGUGCUCGAUCUUCUCUUCAAAGAGACAUGGCAUCUCAAGGUGCCCUUGCAAUCUUGUAUGGCCGCCAUGUGAAACAUUUCAUUAGGAAAACUGAGGUCAUACUUGGAAGAUCGACAGACGAAGCUGAUGUGGAUAUUGAUUUGGGGAAAGAAGGGCGUGCUAACAAAAUAUCUAGACGGCAGGCAAUUAUCAAGAUGGAAGAAGAUGGAUCUUUCUUUUUGAAAAAUCUUGGGAAGAGUUCAAUCUUGGUGAAUGGCAAAGCAGUUGGCACUGAACAGUCAAUGGGUCUUGGUUCAAGUUGUUUGAUCGAGAUAAGGGGAAUGAGUUUCAUGUUUGAAAUGAACCACAAAUCUGUCGGGCGCUACUUAGACAACAUUGCCAAGAAAAGCCAAGGACAGAGAACCAAUUUUGAAUGGUCGCCUAGGGGAGCCCUGAGUUGAGGAAUGCUUUGAAAAGAUGAUCUCCUGUGAGAAGGUGCAGUAACUGUGGGACGUUCUGCUCGAAUGGCUGUGCUCAGGGUGCAUAUUUUGUUAGGUGUUUUCCACUCUUCACUGUGUCGUAAAGGAUGUCAAAUUUUGGCAUCCAAGUUGGUUGUCCCUUCUCAAAUAGUCUUAUUUGAACUUUGAUAGCUGUGUUUGGAACUUGGAUAUUAUUUCCCUUCUUACACAUUGUUUAAGGCGGCUGAUUUUUUUUCCGUGGUUGACCUUUUAGUUUUUUAUGAAAACAUAUGUAAAAAAAAGUAGAGAGUGAUAUAAAAAUUUAU